AUGUUGCCAAGGAAGAGCAAGGGCACUUGGGUCCACCACAAUGACCCCCGCCAGCCUGCUAGCACUGCAUCUUCUGCUGUCCCUGCUGCAGCUCUUCCUGAGGCUAGUACUGUGCCACUGACACCGCAACCACUUACCGCAUUAAACCUCAGCAAGCUGACUGCGGCUGCCAAUGAAAUAACUUCUAUUCCAUCUCACAUCCAGUCUGCUAGCGGCUUGCUACAAGACAUUCCACCAUCAUCAUCUGCUGUCCCAUCCACAUUUCUUGCGGCUCAGACUACUACCACUAGCUCAGGAGCUAUGUCCUCAGUGCUCACAAGUGUCAGCUGCCAAGAUAAGCGCAAAGUUAGUGUGAUAGGCUCAGCCGCUGCUAUGAGUGCAUCAAAGUGGUCUCGACCUGUUUCAGCAAGUGAGAUAUGGCAAACAUUUGCCAGAACAUCUGCAAGAGCUUCUGCAGAAGACUUUGGCCAUGCCAUCUCCAUGGUCUCCCAGUGUGCAACACUAUCUAGUGAUGAAAGAAUUGAUGUUAUAGACUUCCUUGGACAAGACGACAAGCACAUCAUGAAGUUUCUUAAUAUGGAUGAGAGCCUUCAGUUGAUGUGGGUGCAGAGGCGGCUUGCUGAUCUUCACGCUGCAACUCAGUCAUAA